AUGGGUAAAGCUAAGAAGACAAGAAAGUUUGCCUUAGUGAAACGUACGAUAGAUACAAAGAAAGAUCAAAGACUGAAAGCUAAUCAGAAGAAAAAUGUUCAGAAGGAUGACCCAGAAUUAACUAGAAACAUACCUCAAGUUUCAAGUGCAUUAUUUUUCCAAUUUAAUGAAGCAAUUAGACCACCUUAUCAAGUUUUAAUUGAUACCAAUUUCAUAAAUUUUUCUAUCCAAAAGAAGAUAGAUAUAAUAAAAGGUAUGAUGGACUGUUUAUUGGCGAAAUGUAACCCACUUAUUACAGACUGUGUUAUGGCAGAAUUAGAAAAACUUGGUCCUAAGUAUCGUAUUGCAUUAAGACUGGCUAGAGACCCAAGAAUCAAAAGAUUAAGUUGUUCACACAAGGGUACCUAUGCAGAUGACUGUAUCGUGAACAGAGUGUUGCAACAUAAAUGUUACAUAGUGGCAACAAAUGAUCAAGGUUUAAAACAAAGAGUAAGAAAAAUUCCGGGUAUUCCAUUAAUGAGUGUUGGUGGUCACGCAUACGUUAUAGAAAAAUUACCGGAUGUGUUUUAA